GAGGUGGUCGCCCAUAUGUUUGAGAGCAUACUGGACUGCUCAGCCAAGGCUAUAGCCGAGCUGAAGCUUCUUCGGCUCGAUCGUUCUAAAUGCGACGAUGUGCCACCGCUGACGGGGGUGGACGACAAGAGGAGAGUCAGGAAGAUCCUCUCUGGCGGCGGCAACAGCGACAGUGCAAAGCCCAAUCGCCAGCAGCACAAGAGAAGGAGAUUAGCUAGUGACUCUGUGACGCUUGAAACGCCUGUUCCUCACUACGACGGCCACCAGUGGAGGAAGUAUGGGCAGAAGCUCAUCAACAACGCAGACCACCCAAGGAGUUACUACAAAUGCACCUACAAGCAAGAACAGGACUGCGGAGCAACAAAGACAGUGCAGCAGUACCAACAGGACUGCGGAGCAACAAAGACAGUGCAGCAGUACCAACAGGACGGCGGCACCGAUGACCCUGCCAUGUACACCGUCGUCUACUUCGGGCAACACACCUGCAAGCCGACCGGUAACGACACUGAUGCCGCAGUCGUCAAGACAGAGAACACAGGCCGUACCAAUGGCGGCAGCGCCGGCAAGGUCUCACCGAGCGACAGCCAGUGCAGCAACAUUUCGGUGACCUGCACUUCGGUUGUAGUUGACCACCACCAACGGACGGCAUCCAUCGCGAGCAACUGCGAGCUGCUGGACAUGGCGGCAGAUCUGGAAAAUACAGAGGUGAACACAUAUGAUCAGAUCUAUGACGAGGCUGGAUUUUCACCUUUUGAUUUGGAUACGGAUUGGGCCAUAGAUGCGCAUGGGCAUGACCUCCUAAAGUAUGGUUGGUAA